AUGUUCCAAGGUGUUGUUGCUACCGGAGAUCAUGCUUGGACUCCAAAUCAAGGACUUAACCAUGACAAUGAUACUGAAGAUUCUGAACACAUUGAUAUGGGUUCUGAGUCUUUUGAAGAUCCUUCACAAAAUCUUGAAAGCAUCAAUGAUUGUAGCCAAUUGAAACGUCCUUCAUCUACAACGUCAACAAGUAGAAGGAAAAGAAAAUUUGGUUCAACAUUUCUAAGAAGCCAAAUAACUCAGCUUGUAAAUUCUUGCACAAAUAUUACCUCUGGAAUUAGUGCAUCAAAGUCAGUAACUGAUACUCCAUCCCUUUCUACUGCCAUUAAAGUUCUUGAAGAAACAACUAAAGCAUUUGAAGAUAUGCCACUGUAUUUGUUUAGUACAAAGCUUCUUGAGGAUCCAACAAAGCGAGAACAUGGAAUAUCAUAUCCAGCUGAUGUUGGCCAGCUCAUUAGGAAUAUCAAGGCGCCCAAAAGUUUGAAUAUCAUGAGUGGAUUGGAAUGUAACGAGAAUUUAAUUGAGUCAGCCGAUAUUGCAAAUAUUAAAAAGAUUAUACUUACAGCAAUAUGUGUUAUAUAUGAGUAUUAUGAAACAUAUAUUUGCAAGACACCGUGUUUGACAUCGUCAUCUAGAGGAGACAAAUGGAUUGGAGAGCUACUACAUGGUCAUCCAAUGAGAUUUCAUAAUAUGUUUCAUAUGUCUCAAACAAUUUUUUUAGAUCUAUUGUAUGAAUUGGAAUGUGUUCAUCAUCUCCAUGGAUCAUCAAGGACAAUAAGCAGAGAAGUACUUGCGAUGUCUUUAUAUAUUUUAUCGCAUAAUGAAUCAAUAAGAUCCACAUGUGAGCGGUUUCAACACUCUUCUGAGACAAUCAGUAUGUAUUUCUCUAUUGGAUUGGAGGCUUUGGUGAAAUUUUCAUGUUCUGUGAUCAAGCCUAUCGAUCCUCAAUUUGGUGAUAUCCCAAGGAAUAUUUUGUAUGAUCAUCGAUAUAUGCCAUAUUUCAAGGACUGUAUUGGAGCAAUCGAUGGAACACAUGUGGAUGCUCGUGUUUCGAAUGCUGAGAAAGCUGCUUAUAUAGGAAGAUGUGGGUCAACGACGCAAAAUGUUAUGGCUGUAUGCGACUUCAACAUGUGCUUCACUUUUAUCAUGGCAGGUUGCAACAGAAUCUGCACCUGA